AUGCUUCUAAUGACGUUAAUUGUGGGAGGCUUGAUAGCUUACAGGGAGGUUAGCAAAGGGCUGCUAUCAUGGGACUCUGGCGAGCACCAGGUCGCCUUGGAGAAGGAACUGGCCACCCUCACGGCGCAGGCACCCGAGGGGGAGGAAGCCAGAUAUGGAGAACGACUUAUACAAUACGCAUCGGAGAACCUGGUGACGGAGAUCCUGAUCCAUCCUCAGAUGAACACGCUGAUGCAGUGCAUGCGCAACUUGCUCAGCUCCUUCACACGACACAGGCACCUCGUGCACGCCGGCUACACGUUCGCCGGGAACGGCUCCUGGAUUAUGCAGGACGGGACAUUCUCCCUAGCCGACUUUACUGACGCCUACCAAGAGAAUGAGGUACAGCGCGUGAUCCGCGCCUACGAGAACUCCAUCUCCAUCGACAUUCACUGCUCGACCGGCGGCGGCGGCGAGUGGAUCAAGCUCCCAGAGAUGCCGUUCGUCAAGCACUGCAAGAUCAGGGUCAACCCUACAGACAUACUCGACUCCGGCUCCCAAGCCAUCAAGGACUUUAUCACUUAUCUCGAACCCUACAUCGGGGGGCAAGGCGACGCAGCCCUAUUCGGCAUCAACGGAUUCAACAUGCUAGUGGAUGGUGGUUUCUCUCGCAAGGCUUGCUGGUGGGAUUUUGCAAGGCAUCUGGACCGACUCGAUGCAGUACUAUUCACUCGACUCAACAAUUGUUCAGUGUCAGGCAUGGCAUCUGUCCUACGCAGGAAGGCGACGGCCAAUGUCUACCCACAGAUUGGACACUUCUUCUGUAAUUUAGAAGAACGGCGCGCUUUAGCCAGUCCCGAUGGUAACAAGGACACUGAUCCUCUGCUGGUCUCACUCCUGCAAGAGGGCUCUGAUAUGAUGGCGGAUUUGAGACAUAUUAACCUAAAGCCACAGCACUGUUAUCGCAGUCCAGAUCCUAUAAAUCUUUACCACAAAGUUGGUCAUGGUACCCUUGAUAUGUACGUACUGAAUCCGUCCAAGGACUCUAAACAUGUUCGCGAAUUUCUGAAGCGAUGGCAUAGUAGUGAACAAAAAUUAUUUGAAGGCGCGAGUGUGUGUGGACAAUUCAAUUUUCCUAUACCUAAUUUAGUUUCAAUAUGUGCUUUACUUAUAUGGCGACCGGCUAACCCUGAUGAUACGAUAACAAGAAUCAUGUUCCCUGGAUCAACUCCGCAACAUAAAAUAUUUGAAGGUCUCGAGAAAUUGAAAAACUUAGAGUUUCUUCAGCAUCCAACAUGUACUGGGCGACAAAUGGCUGCUAUAAUACCUCCUUUAACUACGACACCAACUGCAACAUCUAUUACAAAAUCUAAACACGCAAUUAGUAAAGUAAGUAAGGAAAAGAGCAGUGCUGCAGAGAAAACAAGGGAAGAAAAAUUGUCAGAAUAUGAAGAGUCAAAAGUAAGAACUAGGGAUGAAAGUGAUUCCAAAAAUAUAAUAGACAACAAGUUACUUAGUGAAUUAGUGGAUGGCGAAGAUAGGAAAAUUGAGUCAGUUUUGCAAGAAGCAAUCGCGGCCAGAGUUGACACGAAAUUAGAUGAUAAAUUCGCCCAAUACGAAAGCACUGUUAUUGAUGGUUUACCGAAGAAGAAGGAACCCAAGAAAAAAGAAAAACCGUUUGAAAAAAAAACAAAACGCAUUGAAAAGACUGACGAUGUUAAAGAAUCUACGCUUAAAACUGCAGAAGUUAAGAAACUUGAUACGGAUAUAAAAACCAAAAUAGAUAGUAAAAGAAAACCUGAGAUAAAAGCAAAAUCUGAAACAGUAAGUUCAGCUUACAAAAGCAAAAUUAUUCACCGUGCUGUUCCGAAAAAGACCACUUCAACUAUUAGUGAAAAAAGAAUAAUUACAGAUGAUAAAAAGUCGCCACCAGCGACGCCAAAGAAGGUUACUGAAACGAGGACAACUACAACCGUCCUAGGAAACAGAGAAAAACUCAAAGUUAAAACGAGACGACUAAGCCCAGGAAGCACACCAGCAAAAAGCGUAAAAGAAGCAAGUAACCGUAGAGUUGUCGAGUCUAAAUAUAAACAAGCAUCUCCCAAAAGAGACAUUACUCAGAAAUCGCUAGACAAAAAAGAACCAAAACCUAAGCGAGAACCUAUUUCGAGACGACCAAGACCACUUGCUUCUCCAAUCAAGGGUCUUAAAACAACAAAGAGUCCUUCUAAAUCUAUUAAAGCAGCAAAAAUUGACACAUCGAAAUUAAAAGGCCUGCAAAGGGUAAAUUAUGAAGAUAUAUUAAAAGAUGCUAAAAAAUCUGAUGAAGAAACGUCAAAAUCUCUUGAUGAUAUAAAACAACAAGAGCUAGAUGAAAGAGAAGAACAGGAAAUUGUAAGGGAAAUAGAAGCUGUUUUCAACAGAGAUAGUGAAGCUGAGGAAAAAGUAGAAUAUGUUGGUCGUUCAGACAUAGAAAAAAUUACACGCUUAAUGGACGACGCGAAAACUGACGUAACUGCUGACCCUGAAUUUGAAGAAGAAUAUUUGAUAAUAGAGAAGGAAGAAGUAGAACAGUUUACUGAGGAUUCUGUAUUAGAUCAUGAAUUGAGUCAUGAAAAGGAAGAGGAAUUACAAAAGCAUAUAAAAGACAAAGAAGAAUGUGAGAAAAUUAAAGAUGACACAUUAUUUUCUCUUAAGGAACCUCAUAAAUUAAAAAUAGAAUCUGACACAAUAAAAGAUGAAAUAAAACCAGAGUCAAAGGAACAUUCGGAGAGCUUAGAGGAAAAACAAGAUAUGAGUAGUGAAAAGAAAACAACAGACAGCAAGAGCGGUAUAUUAAAACCUAAAGACUCGCUUGACCUUAAUAUUGUACAAGAAUCUCAACCUGACGAAAAAAUCUCUACUACAGUUGAAUCAGGUGCCACAACUGCUCCGACCCUUCCUGAAGAUGAACGUAUAACUUUGGAUGAAAUAAAGGAAGACCACCAAAUCGAAGAAAAACACAUUAAAGAGGAAACAAAAGAAAUAAUUGUACCACAAACACUUACUGAUGUAACAAAACCAGUUUCUUUUGAUAAGAGCCCUAAAAUUGAAACCCUGCCGGCUCCUGUCAGAGAUAUUGUAAAAACACCAGAUGAAGUUGCAGAUCUUCCUUUGCAUGAAGAGGUAGAUUAUAGAACAUUUGAAGAAAAGCGAAUACCUUUAGAUGAAGACAUUUUUAAACAGAAACCAGAUGUAGUUCAUGAUUUGAAAAUUCCUAAAGAUCUCCCGCUUUUAGAGAAGAGUAUUUCCAAGAACGCCAGAACUAUUCAAGAUGAUGUAAUAGUUAAAACUUUAGAACGGCCGUCUCACGCUGAAUUAGUUACAGUGACUCCAGGUUCUGCACCCGAGUCUCCAAUGUAUCAUGAUCAAACAAAAAUUACGGGUAUAACUGAAAAGGAUUUAGAACCCGUUAAAGAAUACGAUGACACUCAUUAUGUGUACGGACAGUUUACUGAAAAACUUCGGGAAACUCAUAUUACUACAUUAGACUCUCCGAUUAAAGAUGAUGACAUGAUUGUUAUUGACGAAAUGCAAUCAAUGCCUGAAAAAAUUCCUUCAAUACCUGAAGAUGUUGAAAAAGAAAUUGAAGAAGCAUGUAAAUUUGAAAUAUCUGAGAAACCUCUUAUUAGCCCUAAAGACGUCGAACGAAUCGUAGCGGACGUAGCUGAAGUAUUAAAAUCGGAUAAAAGCCUCGAUGAACUCAUAGCAGAUAAGUCGCCAAUACUUCGAAAAUCUCCCGAGAAUUUUUUUAAACUUGAUGCAUUGACCGAAACUAAAGAUUUCAAAAACCGGAUAAACAGAGAAAAAGAAUUAGAAACUGGUGAAACCAGAAUCGCAGAUGUAAAGGAAACACAACAAACUGCCCUGACUACUAUGGUUAAACCUGAUGUAACAAAAAUGCAUCAUAAGGAAGUAUCACCGGUGAGGUCAAUCACAUCAGAAGACAUCAGUGAUAUAUCGGAUAAAACUGUUCUAAUUGACGAUAAAAAUAUUAAACAUGAAAUGAAACAUGACAAGACAGCUAUUUUGUCUUGUGAAAACGUAGGUGAAGAUUCUACUUGGAUAGAUAAAACUACUAAAGUUACGCAAAAACUUGAUUUCAAACCUUCUUUCGUAAAAAUUGAAAAUGGUGAAGACAAAAAACCAGCAGAUGAUUUAUCGGAUGACACGACCAGACUGGAAAAACAGGAGAAAAGAUUAAUAUUAACAUUGGAUUCCGCUAAAACUCUCGAAAAACUUGAAGAAAAAAUAGCAGAUUUGAAAAAGAAAGAAGGAGACACACAGCACGAGUUUAUGGAAAAAGCAUUACGUGACUCACAAUUAAUUAGCUCCAAGGACUUAGAUGCAAUAUAUGCAUCGAGAUUAGAACAAAAAGAUGAUAUAACUAACAAGGACUUAGCUAGUCAAAUAAUUAAAUUAGAGACCGAAGAAUCAUUACUAGGCGCCAGCGAAUUUUCAAAAGGUUCCACCAUCGAAGCAAAGCCAAAGAGUUCAGAUACAAAAAAAGAAACACUUCUCAAAGAAGUUCUUGUAGAAGAAUUUACUUCUGAGAAGAAAGAACAGGAUAAAAUUAUAGAAGCCCCUGUAAAUGAAAACGUUAAAUCAAAGAGUUCAGAGAAAACACUAAAACCACGUGAUGAUGUCAUUAUUUCUAGUUUAAACCGAAAUGAAAAAGAAGACAAAUUCAAAGAUUUUUCACAAAGUUAUAUCGUUUCUGACAAACUUGACGAAAAGCAAGUAAGUUUAGAAAAAGAUGAAACUAAUUUUAAAGAACACGAAAAAGAAACUACAGCCGCAGCUGGCGAUGGUGCAGAUACUUCUAUUGUUAGAAAAAAAGUACUCGGCUUGGUUGAAAACUUAGGAGUUGUUCAAAAGUUCCAGGAUUAUGACGAGAUCUCUAAACCGGUCAAAUUAGACUAUGAACCAAAAGAAAUGAUUAACGAUCUACUACCAUCAGGUAUCCAUGAAAAACCCGAAGUAAAGGAGACAAUUAUCAUUGAUGUAAAUAAGACAACGACACCUAGUCUAAUAGAUGAAGAAGAAAAAGUGCCAGUAAAGAAAUUGUCAUCUAGCCCAUUGGAAAUUGAUGAAAAAGUACUACUUCAAGAAAUGCCGAAAGAGCAGAGACGAAGCCCAUUUGAAAUUUUGAACGAAGAGCUUCCAGAAGAAACUAAGAAAGAAAUACCAAAGGAGGUGACAAUUGCGGAGGAGGCCAUUGUCACUGAUACCUUAAAGACGACGACAUCUAGUCCAAUAGAAAUUGAAAAAAAAGUUCCACUUAAAGAAAUGCCAAAAGAGCAGACACCAAGCCUAGUUGAAAUUUCGGACAACGAACUUCAUAAAGAAAGUAAGAAAGAAAUGCCUAAGGAGGUAACAAUUGUGAAGGAGGCUAUUGUUACUGAUACUGUAAAAGCAACGACACCUAGUCCAAUAGAAAUUGAAGAAAAUAUUCCACUUAAAGCAAUGCCAAAAGAGCAGACACCAAGCCCAGUUGAAAUUUCGGACAAGAAAAUUCCAAAGAAAACUAAGAAAGAAAUGCCCAAGGAGGAUACAACCUCAUGGGAGACAAUUGUCACUGAAAAGGUAGAUGAAACGAAACCUAGCCAAUUGCAAAUAAAAGAAAAAGUGUCCUUAAAGGAAUCGCCAACAGAAAAGAUGACUAGCACUGUCCAAACCAUGGACAUGAUAGUUCCCAUUGAAACAAAGGAAGAGAAAACAACAACAGAACAAAGUGAGAAGGCAACAAUUGUCACUGACACACUUAAGGAAACAUCACCUAGCCCAUUGGAAAUUGAUGAAAAAGUUCCACUUAAAGAAACGCCGAAAGAGCAGACACCAAGCCAGGUUGAAAUUUUGUACAAAAAGCUUCCAGUCCAAACUAAGGCAGAAAUGCCCAAGGAGGUUACAGCAGUAGAGGAGACAAUUAUCACUAAAAAGGUAGAUGAAACGAAACCUAGCCAAUUGCAAAUGAAAGAAAAAGUGUCCUUAAAGGAAUCGCCAACAGAAGAGAUACCAAGCACUGUCCAAACCAUAGACAUGAAAGUUCCUACUGAAACAAAGGAAGAAAAGCCAACAUCAGAAUCAAGUGAAAAGGCAACCAUUGUCACCGACACACUUAAAGAAACAUUACCCAGCCAAGUGGGAAUUGAUGAAAAAGUUCCACUUAAAGAAAUACUGAAAGAGCAGACACCGAGCCCAGUUAAAAUUUUGGACAACCAGCUUCUAGUCCAAACUAAGGAAGAAAUUCCCAAGGAGGUUACAACCGUAGAGGAGACAAUUGUUACUAAAAAGGUAGAUGAAACGAAACCUAGCCAAUCGCAAAUGAAAGAAAAAGUGUCCUUAAAAGAAUCGCCAAGAGAAGAGAUGCCAAGCACUGUCCAAACCAUAGACGUGAAAGUUCCUACUGAAACAAAGGAAGAAAAGCCAACAUUAGAACAAAGUGAAAAGGUCACAAUUGUCACUGACACACUUGAGGAAACAUCACCUAGCCCAUUGGAAAUUGAUGAAAAAGUUCCACUUAAAGAAAUACUGGAAGAGCAGUCACAGAGGCCAGUUGAAAAAUCGGACACAGAGCUUUCCGAAGAAACUAAGAAAGAUAUGCCAAAGGAGGUGACGAUUCCGAAGGAAGCCAUUGGUACUGAUACUCCAAAGGCGACGACACCUAGUCCAAUGGAAAUUGAAGAAAAAGUUACAAUUAAAGAAAUGCCAAAAGAGCAGACACCAAGCCCAGUUGAAAAAUUGGAAAAAGAUCUUACAGAAGAAACUAAGAAAGAAAUGUCAGAGGAGGUGACAAUUCCGAAGGAGGCCAUUGUUACUGAUACUCUAAAGGCGACGACACCUAGUCCAAUUGAAAUUGAAGAAAAAGUUACACUUAAAGAAAUGCCAAAAAAGCAGACACCAAGCCCAGUUGAAAAAUUGGAAAAAGAUCCUACAGAAGAAACUAAGAAAGAAAUGUCAGAGGAGGUGACAAUUCCAAAGGAGGACAUUGUCACUGAUACUCUAAAGGCGACGACACCUAGUCCAAUUGAAAUUGAAGAAAAAGUUACACUUAAAGAAAUGCCAAAAGAGCAGACACCAAGCCCAGUUGAAAAAUUGGAAAAAGAUCUUACAGAAGAAACUAAGAAAGAAAUGUCAGAGGAGGUGACAAUUCCGAAGGAGGCCAUUGUCACUGAUACUCUAAAGGCGACGACACCUAGUCCAAUUGAAAUUGAAGAAAAAGUUACACUUAAAGAAAUGCCAAAAGAGCAGACACCAAGCCCAGUUGAAAAAUUGGAAAAAGAUCUUACAGAAGAAACUAAGAAAGAAAUGUCAGAGGAGGUGACAAUUCCGAAGGAGGCCAUUGUCACUGAUACUCUAAAGGCGACGACACCUAGUCCAAUUGAAAUUGAAGAAAAAGUUACACUUAAAGAAAUGCCAAAAGAGCAGACACCAAGCCCAGAUGAAAAAUUGGAAAAAGAUCAUACAGAAGAAACUAAGAAAGAAAUGUCAGAAGAGGUGACAAUUCCGAAGGAGGACAUUGUCACUGAUACUCUAAAGGCGACGACACCUAGUCCAAUUGAAAUUGAAGAAAAAGUUACACUUAAAGAAAUGCCAAAAGAGCAGACACCAAGCCCAGUUGAAAAAUUGGAAAAAGAUCUUACAGAAGAAACUAAGAAAGAAAUGUCAGAGGAGGUGACAAUUCCGAAGGAGGCCAUUGUCACUGAUACUCUAAAGGCGACGACACCUAGUCCAAUUGAAAUUGAAGAAAAAGUUACACUUAAAGAAAUGCCAAAAGAGCAGACACCAAGCCCAGUUGAAAAAUUGGAAAAAGAUCUUACAGAAGAAACUAAGAAAGAAAUGUCAGAGGAGGUGACAAUUCCGAAGGAGGCCAUUGUCACUGAUACUGUAAAGGCGACGAGUCCUAGUCCAAUGGGAAUUGAAGCAGAAGUUCCACUUAAAGAAACGCCAAAAGAGCAGACACCAAGCCCAGAUGAAAAAUUGGAAAAAGAUCUUACAGAAGAAACUAAGAAAGAAAUGUCAGAAGAGGUGACAAUUCCGAAGGAGGACAUUGUCACUGAUACUCUAAAGGCGACGACACCUAGUCCAAUUGAAAUUGAAGAAAAAGUUACACUUAAAGAAAUGCCAAAAGAGCAGACACCAAGCCCAGUUGAAAAAUUGGAAAAAGAUCUUACAGAAGAAACUAAGAAAGAAAUGUCAGAGGAGGUGACAAUUCCGAAGGAGGCCAUUGUCACUGUUACUCUAAAGGCGAUGACACCUAGUCCAAUUGAAAUUGAAGAAAAAGUUACACUUAAAGAAAUGCCAAAAGAGCAGACACCAAGCCCAGUUGAAAAAUUGGAAAAAGAUCUUACAGAAGAAACUAAGAAAGAAAUGUCAGAGGAGGUGACAAUUCCGAAGGAGGCCAUUGUCACUGAUACUGUAAAGGCGACGAGUCCUAGUCCAAUGGGAAUUGAAGCAGAAGUUCCACUUAAAGAAAUACCAAAAGAGCAGACACCAAGCCCAGUGGAUAUUUCGGACAAGGGAGUUCCAAAAGAAACUAAGAAAGAAAUUCCCAAGGAGGAUACAAGCGCAGGGGAGACAAUUGUGACUGAAAAGGUAGAUGAAACGGAACCUAGCCAAUUGCAAAUGAAAGAAAAAGCUUCCUCAAAGAAAUCGCCAACAGGAGAGAUCCCAAAAACUGUCCAACCCAUAGACAUGAAAGUUCCUGCUGAAACAAAGGAAGAAAAGGCAACAUUAGAACCAAGUGAAAAGGUCACAAUUGUCACUGACACACUUGAGGAAACAUCACCUAGCCCAUUGGAAAUUGAUGAAAAAGUUCCACUUAAAGAAAUAUUGGAAGAGCAGACACCGAGGCCAGUUGAAAAAUCGGACAAAGUGCUUUCCGAAGAAACUAAGAAAGAAAUGCCAAAGGAGGUGACGAUUCCGGAGGAAGCCAUUGGUACUGAUACUCUAAAGGUGACGACACCUAGUCCAAUGGAAAUUGAAGUAAAAGAUACUCUUAAAGAAAUGUCAAAAGAGCAGACACCAAGCCCAGUUGAAAUUUCGGACAACGAACUUUCAAAAGAAACCAAGAAAGAAAUGCCCAAGGAGGAUAAAACCGCGGGGGAGACAAUUGUCAUUGAAAAGGUUGAUGAAACGGAACCUUCCCAAUUGCAAAUGGCAGAAAAAGUUUCCUUAAAGGAAUCGCCAACAAAAGAGAUGCCAAGCACUGUCCAAACCGUGGAAAUGAAAGUUGCUACUGAAACAAAAGAAGAAAGGCCAACAUUAGAACCAAGUGAAAAGGCAACAAUUGUCGUUGAUACACUUAAGGAAAUAUCACCUAGCCCACUGGAAAUUGAUGAAAAAGUUCCACUUAAAGAAAUGCCCAAAGGGCAGACACCAAGCCCAGUUGAAAAAUUGGACAAGAAGCUUACAGAAGAAACUAAAAAAGAAAUGCCAAAGGGGGUGACAAUUCCAAAGGAGGCCAUUGGUACUGAUACCCUAAAGGCGACGACACCUAGUCCAAUUGAAAUUGAAGAAAAAGUUACACUUAAGGAAAUGCCAAAAGGGCAGACACCAAGCCCUGUUGAAAUUUCGGACAAAGAGCUUCCAAAAGAAACUACGAAAGAAAUGCCAAAGGAGGUGACAAUUCCGAAGGAGGCCUUUAGUACUGAUACUCUAAAGGCGACAACACCUAGUCCAAUUGAAAUUGAAGAAAAAGUUACACUUAAAGAAAUGCCAAAAGAGCAUACACCAAGCUCAGUUGAAAAAUUAGACAAAGAGCUUACAGAAGAAACUAAGAAAGAAAUGCCAAAGGAGGUGACAAUUCCGAAGGAGGCCAUUGGUACUGAUACUUUAAAGGCGACGACACCUAGUCCAAUUAAAAUUGAAGAAGAAGUUACACUUAAAGAAAUGCCAAAAGGGCAGACACCAAGGCCUGUUGAAAUUUCGGACAAAGAGCUUCUAAAAGAAACUAAGAAAGAAAUGUCAAAGGAGGUGACAAUUCCGAAGGAGGCCAUUGGUACUGAUACUUUAAAGGUGACGACACCUAGUCCAAUUGAAAUUGAAGAAAAAGUUACACUUAAAGAAAUGCCAAAAGAGCAGACACCAAGCCCAGUUGAAAAAUUGGACGAAGAGCUUACAGAAGGAACUAAGAAAGAAAUGCCAAUGGAGGUGACAAUUCCGAGGGCGGCCAUUGGUACUGAUACUCUAAAGGCGACGACACCUAGUCCAAUUGAAAUUGAAGAAAAAGUUACACUUAAAGAAAUGCCAAAAGAGCAUACACCACGCUCAGUUGAAAAAUUAGACAAAGAGCUUACAGAAGAAACUAAGAAAGAAAUGCCAAAGGAGGUGACAAUUCCGAAGGAGGCCAUUGGUACUGAUACUUUAAAGGCGACGACACCUAGUCCAAUUGAAAUUGAAGAAAAAGUUACACUUAAAGAAAUGCCAAAAGAGCAUACACCAAGCCCCGUUGCAAUUUUGGACAAAGAGCUUCCAAAAGAAAUGCCAAGGGAGAUAACAAUUGUGAAGGAGGCCAUUGUCACUCAUACUCUAAAGGCGACGACACCUAGUCCAAUUAAAAUUGAAGAAGAAGUUACACUUAAAGAAAUGCCAAAAGGGCAGACACCAAGCCCUGUUGAAAUUUCGGACAAAGAGCUUCUAAAAGAAACUAAGAAAGAAAUGUCAAAGGAGGUGACAAUUCCGAAGGAGGCCAUUGGUACUGAUACUUUAAAGGUGACGACACCUAGUCCAAUUGAAAUUGAAGAAAAAGUUACACUUAAAGAAAUGCCAAAAGAGCAUACACCAAGCCCCGUUGCAAUUUUGGACAAAGAGCUUCCAAAAGAAAUGCCAAGGGAGAUAACAAUUGUGAAGGAGGCCAUUGUCACUCAUACUCUAAAGGCGACGUCACCUAGUCCAAUUAAAAUUGAAGAAGAAGUUACACUUAAAGAAAUGCCAAAAGGGCAGACACCAAGCCCUGUUGAAAUUUCGGACAAAGAGCUUCUAAAAGAAACUAAGAAAGAAAUGUCAAAGGAGGUGACAAUUCCGAAGGAGGCCAUUGGUACUGAUACUUUAAAGGUGACGACACCUAGUCCAAUUGAAAUUGAUGAAAAAGUUCAACAUAAAGAAAUGCCAAAAGGGCAGACACCAAGCCCUGUUGAAAUUUCGGACAAAGAGCUUCCAAAAGAAACUAAGAAAGAAAUGCCAAAGGAGGUGACAAUUCCGAUUCCUACUGAAACAAAAGAAGAAAAGCCAACAUUAGAACCAAGUGAAAAGGCAACAAUUGUCGUUGAUACACUUAAGAAAACAUCACCUAGCCCACUGGAAAUUGAUGAAAAAGUUCCACUUAAAGAAAUGCCGAAAGGGCAGACACCAAGCCCAGUUGAAAAAUUGGACAAGGAGCUUACAGAAGAAACUAAAAAAGAAAUGCCAAAGGAGGUGACAAUUCCAAAGGAGGCCAUUGGUACUGAUACUCUAAAGGCGACGACACCUAGUCCAAUUGAAAUUGAAGAAAAAGUUAUACUUAAAGAAAUGCCAAAAGAGCAGACACCAAGCCCAGUUGAAAAAUUGGAAAAAGAUCUUACAGAAGAAACUAAGAAAGAAAUGUCAGAGGAGGUGACAAUUCCGAAGGAGGCCAUUGUCACUGAUACUCUAAAGGCGACGACACCUAGUCCAAUUGAAAUUGAAGAAGAAGUUACACUUAAAGAAAUGCCAAAAGGGCAGACACCAAGCCCUGUUGAAAUUUCGGACAAAGAGCUUCCAAAAGAAACUAAGAAAGAAAUGCCAAAGGAGGUGACAAUUCCGAAGGAGGCCUUUAGUACUGAUACUCUAAAGGCGACAACACCUAGUCCAAAUGAAAUUGAAGAAAAAUUUACACAUAAAGAAUUGACUAAAGAGCAGACACCAAGCCCAGUUGAUAAAUUGGACGAAGAGCUUACAGAAGAAACUAGGAAAGAAAUGCCAAAGGAGGUGACAAUUCCGAAGGAGGCCAUUGGUACUGAUACUUUAAAGGUGACGACACCUAUUCCAAUUGAAAUUGAAGAAAAAGUUACACUUAAAGAAUUGCCAAAAGAGCAGACACCAAGCUCAGUUGAAAAAUUGGACAAAGAGCUUACAGAAGAAACUAAGAAAGAAAUGCCAAAGAAGGUGACAAUUCCGAAGGAGGCCAUUGGUGCUGAUACUCUAAAGGCGACGACACCUAGUCCAAUUGAAAUUGAUGAAAAAGUUCCACAUAAAGAAAUGGCGAAAGAGCAGACACCAAGCCCAGUUGAAAAAUUGGACAAAGAGCUUACAGAAGGAACUAAGAAAGAAAUGCCAAUGGAGGGGACAAUUCCGAAGGCGGCCAUUGGUACGGAUACUCUAAAGGUGACGACACCUAGUCCAAUUGAAAUUGAAGAAAAAGUUACACUUAAAGUAAUGCCAAAAGAGCAUACACCAAGCCCCGUUGCAGUUUCGGACAAAGAGCUUCCAAAAGAAAUGCCAAGGGAGAUGACAAUUGUGAAGGAGGCCGUUGUCACUGAUACUCUAAAGGCGACGACACCUAGUCCAAUUAAAAUUGAAGAAGAAGUUAAACACUUAAAGAAAUGCCAAAAGGGCAGACACCAAGCCCUGUUGAAAUUUCGGACAAAGAGCUUCUAA